AUGCAUUCGUCGUUACUCUUAGUAUACCUUUGUUUGGGUUUCUUUACCAAUGUUUUCACAAGUCCGAUUACAUACGAAGAUGUUCGAGGUACACCUUACACUGUUUCAUAUGAUCAUCGAGCUAUUACAAUAAAUGGUGUUCGAACAAUGCUUAUAUCUGGUGCUAUACAUUAUCCACGUUCAACACCCGGCAUGUGGCCUUAUAUUAUGAAAAUGGCUAAAAAUCAAGGUUUGAAUACCGUGCAAACAUACGUAUUCUGGAAUAUACAUGAGCAAAAACCAGGUGUACUUGAUUUUACGGGUCGUGCUAAUUUAAGUCAGUUUCUUCAAGAUGCUGCUGACGCGGGUUUAUUUGUAAACUUACGUAUUGGUCCAUAUGUAUGUGCUGAAUGGAAUUAUGGUGGCCUACCAGCAUGGCUUAAUCAAAUACCUAACAUGUCAUUUCGUUCCAGUAAUGAAGCAUGGAAGACAGCUAUGAAAACGUUUACAAUGCAGAUUGUUGAAUAUGUGAAUCCAUAUCUUGCUAAGAAUGGUGGUCCUAUUAUUCUUGCUCAGAUUGAAAAUGAAUACAAUGGUGGCGAUCAAGCUUAUGUCGAUUGGUGUGGUAGUUUAGUGACCAAUGAACUAUCUACAACAGAUAUUCCAUGGAUUAUGUGUAAUGGUCAUGCAGCUAAUUCAACUAUUGAAACAUGCAAUUCAUGUAAUUGUUUGGAUGAUGGUUGGAUUGAUCGUCAUCAUCGGGAUUCUCCAGAUAAACCAAUGUUGUUUACUGAAAACGAAGGUUGGUUUCAACCAUGGGGUGAAGCGGUUGCUAUUCGUACAACAGCUGAUGUUGCCUAUUCCGUAGCUGAAUGGUUUGCUGGUGGCGGUGCUUAUCAUGCAUAUUACAUGUGGCAUGGAGGAAAUAAUUAUGGACGAACUGCUGGUUCAGGUAUUACUACCAUGUAUGCUGAUGAUGUUCUUCUACAUGCUGAUGGUACUCCCAAUGAACCAAAAUAUACUCAGUUAAGUCGUCUUCAACAUUUAAUUGCUAAUUAUGCACAAGUUUUAUUAAGUCAAGAUUCGACUCGUACACCAUUACCCUAUUGGGAUGGUCAAAAAUGGUCAACCGGUACGCAACAAUUCGUAUAUUCUUACCCACCGGCACUUCAUUUUAUUAGCAAUCAAUUUGACAAUACUCUAGGUGUACUUUUUCGUAAUAAAAAUAUUUCAAUGACUGGCCAUUCUGUUCGUAUAUUUGAUGAUAAUCUUAAUUUACUAUGGGAUAGUGCUAAUGUAAGUGGUAUUCAAAGUGAUAAUACCGAAUUUUUUCCCAUUGUUAUUGGUCCACUUCAAUGGCAGACAUGGUCAGAACCUGUUGUAUCAAAUCUAUCUGUUUUUACUUCAAUAAAUCCAACAGAACAACUUACAAUAACGAAUGAUGAAACAAUUUAUUUAUGGUAUCGUCAUAAUGUAACAUUAACACAAGCACAGGCACAUACAAUAGUUCAAGUUGAAACACGUAAAGCAAAUGCAUUGCUAUUAUUUUUAGACGGGGAAUAUUUAGGUGAAUUUGAUAAUCAUGAUCAUAGCCAAGGUGCACUAACUGCAACAAUAUCAUUAGAUCUUUCAACAUUUAAACCUAAUCAACGAUAUCUAUUUGAGAUUCUUUCUAUUUCACUUGGUCUUGAUAAUGGCAUUCAGGCGAACUCGUUUGAACAUAAGGGUAUCGUUGGAAAUGUAUGGAUCGAUGGCCAAUUAGUAGGAAACGACGAAACAAAUCUUUGGGAACAUCAAAAAGGUUUAGUUGGAGAAUAUUUUCAAAUCUAUACCGAACAAGGUUCAUCUAAAGUUUCAUGGAAUACACAAUGGACAAAAGGUAUUAAUAAACCAGUAACAUGGUUUCAAGCAAGAUUCAAUCUCGAUCAUAUAGUACGAGAAGACAUUAAUGCUAAUCCUAUUUUACUUGACGCUCAAGGUCUUAAUCGUGGUCAUGCAUUUAUUAAUGGAAAUGAUCUCGGCCUUUAUUGGUUAAUAGAAGGUAUCUGCCGCGAUACACCGCCAUGCUGUUGUCAACAAGCACAAAUUAAUUGUUUAGAACCAACUCAGCGUUAUUAUCAUAUUCCAUCGGAUUGGCUUAUGCCAGAGAAUAAUUUAAUAACGAUAUUCGAUGAUUUAGGUGCAUCAUCACCAGGUUCAGUUGGCUUUGUACAACGUGUUAUCCUAACGUAG